GCGUGUUUUCAGCGGACCUGGCAACCCCCGUACCGGUCAGACUAGAAGACGCACACUCAAAAAUCAUGGCGGACGAAGUUGAGCAGCAACCGACUACAAACACGGUCGAGGAGCCACUUGAUCUGAUCAGACUCAGUCUUGAUGAGCGGAUCUACGUCAAGAUGAGGAACGACAGGGAGCUCCGUGGCCGACUGCAUGCCUACGAUCAGCACCUGAACAUGAUCCUGGGUGACGUGGAGGAGACUGUAACAACGGUAGAGAUUGAUGAGGAGACUUAUGAAGAACUCUACAAGUCGACCAAGAGGAACAUCCCCAUGCUUUUCGUCAGAGGAGAUGGCGUGGUCCUCGUAGCUCCGCCCCUCAGGGUGGGCUAACCUUGACCAUCUCGUGGAGCUGAAGGAGCGUUGGUGACAGCUGGGAGGUUUCUAACCCCAAAGGAGAGGGUGGUGCUGUAAUGACAGGCUGGAACAGGGGGGCGGGUUAAAACAUCUUCAGCCUUCCUUGGGUCAGAUUCUCCUGUCAACACCGACCUCUUAUUUUACAUUCAUGAUUUGAAGGUUAGAAACGUCACAAAUUUUUAACUUUGUUUUGUGAGGCUGCAAAGAUGUAAAACACAUUUUGACCCAAGAAACAAAAGUAAGAGGAUAUUUGUUUUGGACUAAGUAAUUUUUUAUUUGGGCAUAUUGUCAUCAAAUUGAUUUUGGGGUUACGGUGAUUUCAGGCCACCAUUUUGAGUUCUAUUUCCAGGAUAUUUAAUUUGACUUUGCUCAGUAUAGCGGUUAAUAAAUCCUCACAGUUAAGCCAGAAAAAUUGAAUAUUACUUUUAAUCACCUCCAGAGGAUUUAGUUACCUCUUAAUCCCAGUGUCUUCAUGUACCAGACUGUGUUACAAAUGUCCCAUCAUGGUCUCUAAUAACUGAACUGCCACAGAUAUGUGUGUGUGUGUGUAAGCUUGUUUUGGCCCAGUUUGAGGACAUUUAAAAAAUUAUUGCCAAAAAAAAAAUAUUCCUUAAGUGAAACUUUUUAUGUUUUGGUUGGUUCAAAACAAAUUCUUGCAGUCACUCUAAACCCAUGAUGUGUGAAUAUUUGGGAAGUUCUUUGAGUUUCUGUUGGAUGGUUUUAGUUUAAUUUUUUUAUAUAGAUUUUUCUAGUGUUGUGCUGGAUUUAAGAGUACAUCAUGCUCAGAUAUUUUCAUUUGGUUUUGGUAAAGUUGAAUAAAAAAGGUGAUUUGAAAAACAAAGAA